AAAUACAAGCCAGUCAUACACACCAGUGUCACUUUCUGGAAGCUAUGGUGAAAGUCCUGCUGCUUCUGCUACUUCCAAAAUGAGAGUUGUUACUACUGCCAGCAUAAAGCCCUCUGUCUACCAGCCAGCAGCACCGGCACCAGUUCAUUCCUACACCCCUGCCAACACUGAGCCUGCAAGUCGCCCUCCCUGGGUAACAGAUGACUCCUUUUCCCAGAAAUUUGCACCUGGAAAAACCACCACCACUGUUACAAAGCACAUCCUACCAAGGGGUCCUCCAGUACCAUCUCCUGCCUCAACUUCUGCUUACCCAUCUCCAGUUUCAACUUCUUCCCAGGCUCCUGCUCGAGGAACAGUUCAGAGGGCUGAGCGUUUUCCAGCCAGCAGCCGAACUCCUCUCUGUGGGCACUGUAACAGUAUAAUUCGGGGUCCUUUCCUGGUAGCCAUGGGUCGCUCUUGGCACCCAGAAGAAUUCAACUGCGCUUACUGCAAGACAUCCUUGGCUGAUAUGUGCUUUGUGGAAGAGCAGAAUAGUGUGUACUGUGAGCGCUGUUACGAACAGUUCUUUGCACCAACCUGUGCCAGAUGCCACGCUAAGAUCAUGGGGGAAGUGAUGCAUGCCCUGAGACAGACUUGGCACACAAGUUGCUUUGUCUGUGCAGCUUGUAAGAUGCCGUUUGGGAAUAGCCUCUUUCACAUGGAGGAUGGGGAACCUUACUGUGAGAAAG